AAUAGGAUAUAAACUAGAUAAUAUACCGAAGAAAAGUAAUUGAUUGGUGUAAUUCAAUUUAUGAAAACCCUAUAGGAACACCUAAUUUAUAGCGAUAUGUUUGGGGGUGGUGUGUUUUGGUGUAUCAACUAUUCUGUCUAGGGGUUGCCCAGCCCGUCGCCUGGCUUUGGCUUUUGCCACCCUCACGAUCAGUCGUCCACUUUACUUAUAACUUACUCAGGUGCCCCUGUUGCCCCUUCCAGCACACCAGCCAGCACCAGCCAGCACCAGCCAGCACCACCCAACACCAGCCUGGGUGCCCGCCGGCCCAGCUUUUCUCUGGGACUCUCGCAAGCACGAUCCCAAAACCCACAACAGCCCAAAACCCACGUCCCACAUCCCACCAAGCCCACAUCCCACUCCCAUAUCCACAUCCCGCCGCGCCAGCCCAAGCACACGCCCAAACCCAGCCAGCCCUUCCCGCCCCUGCCCUGCACCUGGGCCAGGGACCGAAGAAACCUACCGGGCUGUACCCACUCGCUCCCACAACGGCCCAGCUUGCCUUUGCGUGCGUGCAUAACCUGCACUUUUGAACCCCCCUGGCCCUCGUUCAGGAAGGCAUAUCCGACCUGCCACAGUACGCCCGCCAACUCAAACUCACCCGGGCUCCCCACCACCACCACCACCACCGCCACCACCACCCUCGGGUCCAAAAGCCAGAGACUGCCCUCCUCCAGGCCUUGCCCUGCUGACCUGCUCUCGUCCAUGCUGCUCCCGCACGCCUGUUGAGGACGCAAUGCGAGCUGUCUGGACACGCUUUGGCCCUUUCAACGCCCCUGCAAACUCGCCCCACCAUGGAAUCUGACGAUGCUACAAAUUCUUACACUACUGAGGACGACGCCGAAUACUCCGUUCUUCUGGACCGCCGCGAGCAGCUGACCGAUCUCCUGGUCGAGUCGCCCUACGACCUGAUACGCUAUCUCCAGCGUGCCGUUGUCUACUCAAACCUUGGCUACCCCGACCUCGCCGCCGGUGAUGCCUACCGCGCCCUGCUCCUGACCGACGAGGUCCGCAACGAGAGCUUUGAGUAUCAUGAACAGGCUGUCCAGGCCCUCGAGCCUUACUCAUCCUCCCCAACCGCCCUGCCCGAGGUCCUCCACCAUGGCGCCCUCCGCCAAGGUUCCGGAGAUAUGGUCAACGGCUACGGCCCCCAGGGCCCCGAGUUCUUCCAGGAGAUUGCCGCCGUAGCUUCCGUCCGGUGCUACCAGAUAAUCUCCCUCAGCCUGCUGCUCUGCGGGUGUCUGAGCAGUGCCCAUGCUUAUUGCGAGCGUGGCCUUGCAGCAUCACCCAACAACCAAGAGCUGCUCAACAACAAAGACCACAUAUUGACAAUGGCCCGUGGAAGACUGCAGACCCAAGAUGUCGAUGUUGGACAGCUCCCUGAGUGGGGCAACGUGCGGAGGGAGGUCUACCCUUGGAACAACCAUGAGCCAGACCGCUUCUCUGAGGAGAGCCUGUCGUUCCUGAACCAGGAGCUCGCAACCAUGGCCCCAAAAUGCGAGGUUCGCAUAUCGGAGCUGCCCGUGCUACUGGAGGCCGCAAUCAACACAGACGACGAAGAGAUCAUCCCUACCACCAGUCAGCUUGGCGUGUUUGCAAAAGAGGACAUUGGCCCCGGGGAAGCCGUACUAAACGAGUACUCGCUCCUGACGGCCAGCAACAGGCUCAAGGAUCAAGUGUGUGACGCUUGUGGCACUGAACUUCCUCCGCUGAGCGCCAAGGGAGGGCCUGUCAACUGUGCCGAAUGCUACGACACGGUAUUCUGCGACCAGUUCUGCCACGAUCAGGCACAGGAGCUCUACCACCCGGCAGUCUGCGACAAGGAUGUUGAUGCCAUCGCCAAGGACCCUGAUCUUGCGGAAACAGAACAUUCACUCCACCUGCUCCUCCUUGCCCGGCUUCUCGCCUUGGCAGCACAUCAAGAAGUCCACCCGCUGGACCUGAAGAACGUCAAGUAUAUAUGGGGCGACUUCGUGGCAACUGGCACCAACGCAAUCUCCAUCUCGCCCAACGCAGGACCGCCACCCCAGUGGACUCUUCCAUUCUCAUUCGAGUACAACGUCGCGACGCCGCUGCAUAUCCUCGAGAAGAUGGACAUUGACAUCUACCAGACGCUUCCCCAAUACGAUCUGUGGGUGUUGAACACCUGCUACUCCAAGUUCAGAGGCACGGCGUCGGCAAGACAGAACCCUCAAAACGGCCGACCCGAGCUUGCGGCCGUACACCCCUUCUGGUGCUUGGCGAACCACGACUGCGACCCAAACGUGACGUGGGACUGGAGUGGCAGGAUGAAGCUCCGGGCGCGGGAACGCAAGGUGGUGGGCAACCAGCCGGGCGGCGUCAAGGCCGGCGAAGAGGUCCUCAACCACUACUGCGACAUCGACUUACCCGUUCAGAAGAGACGUGAUCUAAUGAUUGGAACUCUUGGGGGUAUCUGCAUGUGCAAAAGGUGCAGGGACGAAAUCGCACUGAGCGGUCAGGACGCCCCCACAACGAACGGAGUCAGCGGCACCACUCCCAACGGAGUGGAUGACAAUGCUACCACAGAGUCAAUGGACUGGACAGCCUCUUCAACUCAAAACGACGUCACGAUGGCGGGCUCGGACGGGACUCCGCGCGAGUAGACAUGCCUGCUUGAUGGCCUCCCACGUCUACAUUGAUUUGACAGCGGCAUCUUCUUUGGAGUGCGAUAUACGAGGAACUGGGUAUGAUACCACAGACACAUUUCAGCGGGGAAGGAUUUAGAUAUUCGGUAUGCAGCAACAUCAAAACCUAAUGGAAUAAGGCCGAUUUAAGAGAAUUGAAGUGGAUACUCAGCAACGAUUUGAAAAGCAAAGAAAAUGGGCAAGAAGAAAUACCAAAAACAUUACAUGGUCCAGCAGGAAUAUGAGGGUCUGACCAGCAUGGGGGAAGAACUUGAAGUUUGUCGGGGAGCUUGAAAUAAACAUCAAACAAAACAUAUCACAUGCGGGUCGUGGUACACGCAAGGCGGCAGCAGACACGGGGGACAAUGAGACAAAUGAGAUAAUGUUCCAUCCGCCCUCCUGUCAAGUCGAGGCUGAUACCGACUUUUGACCCGCAAAAAAAGAAACAAGAAACAAGAAACAAGAAAGAUUUACACUCUCCGCAGAGGCCGAGGACGCUGGUGCCCCCGUUCAUCAACCCCCCCGCUAAGCCAUCAUCCAGUCGCCAUUUUGGUGUUGCAGUCGCACGCUCCAAAGCGCAGUACCGGAGAGUCGUGACGGGGCAAGCAAUUUCGU